ACUUUGCCGAAAAAUAUAUAAUACAUAAGAGGCAGGCAAUUCUAGGGCUGCCGGUUGCGAGAUCUCCUUGAUGGCUGCGUUUCAGCGUAUAUUUCGAUUUUCAAAAUCCACUUCUCCGAUCAAUCCCUGCGGUUUCUUCUCCUCAAUUUCUUCGCGGCGGAUGUCCCGAUUAGUCAAAUCGUACGAUGACGGGAUGUCCCGAUUAGUCAAACCGUAUGAUGAUGGUGGAAUUCGUUUUGACAGAACUGAUCUGGAAAGGCACUUGGAAGCACAAGGCAUUCAGGGGAAGCAUGUACCGAUAAUAACUAGUGUUUUGAAUAGAAGUCCGAAUGUUUAUGUGGUUAACAAGGAUAUUUAUUUUCGUUCGUUGUACAAAUACGUAGACUUCAAACGUGAUUUUGUCUUUGGAGAUCCUAACAGAACGACCGCGGAAAAGUUUGAAGACGCAGUGCUUGAAUUAAUUCCGUACGUUGGGGUGUGUGCGUCCUUCUUAGUUUACUUGGGGGUGUUGUAUAGAGUUAAGAAUUAAGAGCAAAUAGCCCCGUUAAAUUACGAUGAGAUAUGGGAUAUUUCAGAAUAAUAUACUGAUUUGUUGUUUUCGUAGUUUUUUUUGUUAUUUUUGUAAUUGAUUUUGUAGUAGAUUAGGAUGAUUUCGUAGUGAAUGACGUUAACAUCCUGGACUUCUAUGAUUUUGUAGUGGAUUUUGACGAGAUUAUAGUAGGUUUUCAAAUUCUUGCUUUUGGAAAAGAAAAUUUUUGAAUGAAUUGAAAUGAUAUUUUGUUGCCUUCUUUUUCUUCGGUUCAUGUCCAUAGCAGGCG